ACGAAGUCGACUGAAUCGAUUUUCUCUGCAAAGGUCGCCGCUCCGUCCACUGCUGCGCCUUCUCUCCAAGACGCACGGAACCUGGAGCCCCAGCGACGCCGGUAGACAAGCGUCGAGCGCGCGGCGAAAAGUUCUCCGCGAUGGAUUCAGGCUGGUGCUCGAGGCUGAAGAAUGCGGACUAACGAAGAAACGAAACAAAGCCGAACAGAGCCUUUCGUCGGAGGAGGGGAUGUCAGGGAUUUAUCGACGGAAUGCAACUCAGUGCGACAGCUUAGAGCCGCUGGGUCCUCAGAGUCUUGCUGUGUGCCUAGGGGUACGGGCUGUCGAGGUGACUCACCAUCGUUUGAAGGACGCCAAAAACAGAGUCAAAACGCGGAGGAAAGGGAGCACCGGAGAAGUGACUUCGAAGUGAAGCUCCCUCCAAGAAAGCGAAAAGAAGACACCAAGGAGGUCGAAGAGAAGCGGAACAACGCGGACGCCUCAGGCUGCCAGAGUCGUUCAAAGACUUUCUCUUGCCUCGAACCUUCUUUCCAGAGUGUCCUCAAAAUGAAGGCGCCCCUCCGAGUCGCCACAGCUGUCCCCUCUCUCCUCGCUCUCUCCAGCGUAAUUUCUCUGCAGCGUCUCCUUGUGUUCUCGCUGCCUCUCGAGUCUGUUGAGUCCUCGCCGGCUUCCUCUCCCUUUGAUCCCUUUUCCCCCUUCGCGGCUCCAGUGUCUCCUCACUCUGCCGAGCCUCACCCGUUUGCUUCCUCGCCGUUCGCCGCGGCUUCUCCUGCCGUCCUCUCUUCUCAGACCUUGGCCUCCGCGGAAACGCCGGCGUCGUCUGCGGGAGCGCCUAUCCCGGCGGGGGCUUCUCACCUUGCCUCUCGCGCAGCCGCGGCCGAGGAGGCGCGGGAUGGACUCUCUCGACGCGCCUCGCAGGUUGUCUCUCUGCUCCAGAGCAUCCCGCUGGAGGUGACCGUGAUCGAGAACAAAGGAGGCACUGGAGAGCUCCUUGUGCACUCCGUCAAGCCUCACACCCCGCCGCCUCACACUCCCCCUCCAAGCUUGUCUGCGUCUGCAGGCGAAGCAGCUGUGGCGGAUCUCGACGCAGUUGCCCCCACAUCGCCGGCUGCAGACAACGCGGCGCUGCAACGCUUGCUGUCGGAAGAAGACGCAGAAGACAAGACCGCUGACAGUGAUGCAAAGUCGAAGAGCUCGCGAGGCAGCGGCGGCGUCUUCGGCAGAGGUCUGCGAUGGCUGAAGAAGAAAGUCACUAGGCUCUUCAUGCGAUUCUUCAACCCCACAACUCUCAGCAAAAAGGGUGCCGAGGCGAGAGUCAUCGACAACUAUCUGAAGGACGCUGCUCAUAUAGACGCUGAGCUGAAGUGCGUGGAGAUUCGAGACGAGAAGUCUAUGAGAAAGGAGUUCCAGUCCUUCUGCAAGAAGUUCCGCAAGUGGCCGAAGUUGCAGGCACUGUGUACGUCAUUUUCCGAGUAUAUCCAGGGCAAACUGGCUGACAAGCACCAAUGCAAAGGCCUCGACUUUCGACAGUGCAUGGAGGUCAUUGAUAUUCCUCUCUUGCAGCCUUUGUACAUGCAGACGCAGGAAGUGACAGUCCACCGCAUGAAAGGCGAGGUUCUGCGGAGCGGGGGCGAGGUCACCAGCCCAAAGAGACGACGGUCUUUUUCUCGAAUUGAAGUGAAUCCACACGGUCCUGCAUCCGCUCCCUCUGCCGAAUUCGUGCUCGGCGUCCCGAAGCCAGCCACCGACUACGCCAAGCACCUCCUCUCAAACGAGAAAGGCGCUUCAGGAAGCUACCAGGGUCCGUCGUGUCUGUUUCUUGAGGAGGUCGACAGGAACUCGAAGGCGGAGGCACACGCGCAGCACCGCGCGAACCAGAAGGGAAGGAAAGACCGCGUCCACCACCUGAUCGACCUGUACAAGAUUGUUCACCUUGCAGAGCUGGGGACGCCAGUGGCUUUGGAUGGAAUGUUUCUCACCUUGUUGACGCAUAGUUGGAAAACAAAACAUUGCCCGAACGAGGUGCGGAAGCUGCGUCGCCAGAAGCGGCUCUUGAAGCAGGAUGGAGGCCCGCCAGUCAAAGUGACGGGCGGCGACAUUUUUAAUCGAGCGUUGCUUCUCGCAGUGAUAAAGUCUGCGAUCCCGACCCCCGCGGAGUGCCUGGAGUCUCAAACACCGUCCAGAAACUGCCUCGCCAUGAUUUACGGCAUCAACUUGGAGCGGCCGUGGAGAACACUGCUGAAACUCGCGGCCGAGAACAACAAGGAAGCAGCUCUGAAGCUGAUCGACGAACUCCCGCAGACGCUGCAGGGCAAAAUUCCUUCUCCCGCCGACCUCGAAAGAGUCCGGAGUCGUCUUACUGAACAAGCUCAACAGGUCUUCUCUCUAGCCAGUGGUUCGGGGCGCGCAGGCCGAAAGGUGAUGAACGUGCUCGCAAAAUGGAAAUGGUUGCUGAAGAUGAUGACGAAGUUGGUGGUGUUUCUGAGCAACUUGCAGAAGGGUGGGUCGGACAAGAGGUCAGUCGCGGCGGAGGUCGGCAAGCGCCUGGCGGCAAAGGGAGGAGACUCCGCGGCCAGUCAUUUAGUCACCGACGGGAUGCUGCUGGAGAUGGCCUCUCGAUCGGGAGCGAACAUGAAGUGUGUCACGGCUUUGCCGGGGUACGGACGUUUUGUCGAGAACGUUUUUAGGGGCGUCGCGAGCGCAGAGCUCCGGCAGUCGAGGCAGUCUCGCGGUUCGAAAAGCCGAAACGCGCAUUCCUUCGUCAGUUUGGGAGACGAACGCGACACGCAGCAAAGCGUGUGGCCGCGAGACUCUCGGGAUAACACUGACUUGCCGCAGGCCGACAAGCGGGUCCUAGCUUUGCCUGGAGGCGAUGCGACUGCUUUGUCCUUUUUGGGGGACGAGGACGAGUCGGACUCUCCGCAGGUCGAGAGUCCGAAGCAGACGAGAAAAACGUCCAGGCACAGAAAGAUUUCCUACGUCGUGAUAGCGCUGUGCGUCUUCCUCUUCAUUCAAGCAGUCAUAGCGACACCCACCGGCGUAGCGAUCUUCAUCGGUGUGCUUCUCAGUGUCGUGUCUGUAGUGGUAUACUUUUUGCCGGAUAUCAUCAAGCUGGUGCGAAAUCGGAGUACUGGAGGCGGCGGAGAGGAAGAAGAUGAGUUGCUUUCCGGCGGAGACGGAGGCGGGGAUGGCGACGAAACGGACGACGGCGGUGGGGACGGUGAUGACGGCAACUUUUAACGCGGGAAGAAACGCUUGCCGAAGUCGGGUCCGAAAAUGGUCAGAACGAGUCGAAGUAGAAACCGCAAACAAUGCCACUCGAGCAGCCCGCACCUCUCCAAAGAGAGAAGCCGCUGUCAUCGCAGUCCGGCUACUAAUCAAAGCGCAGGCGCUCUUUCGGCUGGUUUCGAACUCUUGCAGCAACAUGUGGAGCGAGACACCACUUUUUACGGGGGUCGGGAGGCCACAAUGGACGGGGGCAAGUCUUUCGUGUGGGACGUAGAAAAAGUCGGAGAAAGUUUCUGUGACGUUUCCGCCGCUAGUUUUCAAGGCCCAUCCACAGGCGAACUUCAUCGCACAUCUUCGUCGACGCCUCGAGCAGUUCAUUUCUAAUAGGCAUUGGGAAAGUUUAUCGUCUCUGUGGACAGCGCCGUGUGGCGGCGUUUUCCCAUUUGGCAAUACCACGGAGUGCACGUUGUCUUCGUACGAGAGUGGCAUCGUGCAGAUGAACACGAGCAUACGUGUAAUGAUGUGUAACUGAUGGUUCUUUGUCGAUCUCAUCACCCACACAUCCCUCUUGGAACAGCGAAUGCUUGUUCUUAGCUAAACUCCCCGUGGCACCUGCUGCUAGAAAAAACGCUCAGUGGUACCGGUCAGGUCUCGCGUCUCGAAGGAACUCGCACUGGCAGAAUGCUAACGGAUCGUGGAGAAUUGAUUAGGUGAACUGUUGUGAGAGUAGGAAACAAUCAAAUACGUGCAUGGGUCGGUCACUUCUGAGAUCGAGAUCUACCUGGACACUGCCUAACGGGCAACGAAACAGAGCCGGAAUGGAGGAAAACCAAGCUUCACACACGACUGGCUACUUCCCGUUGGCGCAACAUCUGGAC